GUGUUGAAAAGUGUGACGAUACACAAAGAAAACAAAAAGCCAAUUCACACGAAAUAAGAAAUUAGAAAUAAUAAUUGUGCUGUGCGCGGAAAUUGGGUAACAGAAAAAAAAAAAUAAUAAUACCAAAUUUUUAAAAAUAUGUUUGCAUAAGGGUUAAUGCCCAAACGCCUUAUCGUUAAACAAAUCAAUGGCCGCGCGUAUAACGAAAGUGAAUUAAGGUCCCAAAAUAAUUGUAACAGCAAUUUCCUAACCAGUUUCGAGAGGUUCGCCCUUAUCUGGAACGCCAAGCCACUUGUUGUCCGAAUUGACACGCAACAAUAGCCGCAACAACAAUUUACCUGCUCUGUAACAUGUCACAAUCUAACGGAUAUUGAGCAGCAGCAGCAGCAGCUUUAACAACAAUAACAACAACAACAACUAGUACGAAACACACAUCAUGGCAACCAAUAGCAGCAACAACAACAACAGCAAAGCGAUGAUGACACCCACCGUCGAGUCGCUGGAGAGUCGCGAUGAAGUCGACUUCAUAGUCGCCACACACAACAACAACAACAACAACGAAUACGAGGAUUUACGCAGCGCCAGUGGCGUAGCGAUCAGCGCCAAAGGAACAAACACAACAGCAACAGUCACACCAAACAAUGAACCAAAUGUCACCAACAGCAACAACAACAACAACAGCAACAGCAAUUGCAACAGCAACACCUUGAAAAAGUCCAAGGAACGCCGCACACUCUUCAGCUUUGGCAGCAGCAAAAAGCAGAGCUCGGCCAACAAGUCAUCGAGCAGCAGCAGCAGCAGCAGCAGCAGCAGCAGCAGUCCAGUUGCCGCCCAAGACUCUGCCGCCACGCCCCCGAAGCCAACGAGCAGCGGCAGUCUGCUGCUGCCGCCCACGCCGGCAGUGCCGAUCGGCACACCGCCGCGCCAGCACAAGUUCGUGAAGAGCAGCAGCAUUGCCCGGCUGCUGGGCAACACGUACAACGCGCGCAAGUUCGAGCGCGAGGAGCAGAAGCGUCUGGCGAAUGAGGCGAGCGGCAAGUUCCAUACGUUCGGCGGGCGGCGUCGCAGCGGACCGGAGCGUCCGUAUCUGGAGCGAUUCAAGCGCAUGUCCAAGGAGGAUGGCGACAUUGCCGGCGACGAUGAGUCGGUGCAGGUGACCAAUGUGGUUACUCUCACCACAGAUUCGCGCGACUUGCAGUACGGCAGCCGGCAGGAGCAUGUCGGACGCGCCGAGGAUCAGCUGAGCGCGAAGGCCAUGCGCACAUUGACCCGUGGACUCGGCAAGCUCUGGUGGAAGCGCACGCACAGCGUGGACAUCAGCACACCGGAUCCCGAGUACAAGGUGUCCUAUCUGGGCAACGUGCUCACCGGCUGGGCCAAGGGCGAGGGCUGCGUGGAGAAGCAGCUGAACACACUGUGGCGCAACUACACCCAGCACACCAAGCCGGACGUGAUUAUGCGGGUGAAGGUGUGCGCCUCCGGGCUGAAGGCCACCACACGGCAGCACGGCCUCACCGAGUACUGGUCGAAUCGCAUCACCUACUGCUGUGCGCCCAAGAACUAUCCGCGCGUCUUCUGCUGGAUCUACAGGCACGAGGGCAGGAAGCUGAAGCACGAGCUGCGCUGCCAUGCGGUGCUCUGCAGCAAGGAGAAGAUUGCCCAGGACAUAUGCGACACACUGCGGGAAAAUCUGGAGAGCGCAUUGCGUGAAUUUAAGCGCGAGAAAAUUCUGAAACAAAAUGCGCGUCUCAGCCUGGCAAAUGCCGUGUACGACAAUCCCAGCUUGCCCAAGCGGAAGAUCAUGCUGAGCGUGGGCGGCAACAACUACAGGCCGCCCCUGGAGCGCUCCAAGUCGGCGCCCAAGCUGAUGGCCAUCGAGGAGGCCAUCGGCGAGGAGGAGGGCGACGAGAUCGAGGACACCAACGAACCCGAAAUGAUGCCCUGCUGUCAGCGAGACUCACUGUACCCGGCCAUGACGCUGGGCCGGCGGCGCUGCCGUCGCGGUCAUUCCAUACGGCGCACAGGCAAAAUCCAGGCGGCGGCCAGCUGCUGCUCCCAUCAAAUAGAGCCCAUGCUGGAGAGCCCGGAGCCGGCAAGCAGCACGCCCAACAGCAGUCUAACGGCCCCGGCUGCCGCAGCUGGCAACGAUGGCUCCGACUCGGACGAGUUCGAGAAGCUGCUCAAGUUCGACACGACGUUAAGCAACGAGCUGCUGCCCUACUUCGACAUGCAGCUGCACAAGAACAGCAGCCAGAGCAUGGGCAGCCUCAGCGAGCUGCAGGUGGAGCCCGUGGAGCUGGAUGAUGGCGAAGAGGAGGAGGCGGAACCGCACAGCUUGCUGCCCACCAUCAACAGCGAUCCCAGUGCCGAUCCGCAGGCGGACUUUGACCACGACGACGUGGUUCAUCUGCGCCGCAGCGGCGUCUGCAGCGACGGCGAGGAGGACUUCCUGGACGAUGCGGACGAUCAUUACUUUCGGCAGGCGGCCAUGCUCACAAUGCUGCACCGCAGCUCGAUGCGCAAGCGGAACAGUGACCAGACCAGCCUUCAGUAUCGCCACCAGCCGCAGUCCUCCAUCUCGUCCAAUGCCUCCAGCUCGACGACAGCCAGUGGCAUAGCGCCGAACGGGGCAGCUGGCGGCCAGCAGUGCCUGGCGAGUCCGGACAGCGACGAGGGCUCCAUUUCCAGCGGCUGCGAGACGGCCAGCACGGUGACCAAUGCCAACCAGGAGGAGUACAACAAGCCUCAGGGCAGCCACGUGCAGCAGCAGGUGCUUGAGCAGAUGCUGAUCUACCAAAGACUGGAGGAGUCGAAGCGCCGUCAGCAGCUGCGCCACAAUAGCGACGCCACCAACUACAGCAGCUCCAGCAGCAUCACCCUGAAGCCCGCAGAGUCAGUCAGCUGCCUGGAGGAGUCGGACCCGAAGCAGCCAGAGGACGCCGGCAGCGUUUCGGAUGACGACUCCGAGUGCAGCGACGAGAGCGGCUACGUCGAGUUCCAGGAGAAGGAGCGCAUUCAGGCAAUUGCUGGCGCCGUGGCCAUGGCGGCAUCCGUCAAGCCCCAGCUGCCGCCCAAGCCGGCGCCUCGACGCUCGCUCAGCAUCGGCCAGGCCGCCGGAACGGGGACAGCGGUCUGAGUGACCGGCGUGCCUUUAGACAGGGUUCUCCACAGUUGUUAUUUCUGC